CUGUCCAUUUAUCUGGCAUUUCUAGAUGCUUUUGUGCGUGGGGAAUUUCUUUGGCUCUACGUCAGAGGCAGAGUGGGACGAGUACCGCACAGGGGCCAAGAAAGCUCCCAUCCCAACCUACGUGCUGGGUGCUAACAACCAGGACACCCUGAGCUACUUUCCGGACGUCAGUGGCUGCGAGUUGGCUGAGAACAUCACUUACUUGGGCCGGCGAGGGGUGUUCAGCGGCUGCUCGGGGCUGCAGGUCGCCUACCUGAGCGGGACAGAGGCACAGCAGCAACCAGCUCCUGCACACAGUUUCAGUGCCAAGGAUGUGGCAGAGUUAAAGACAUCUCUGCUAGCAACCCCAAACUUCAGAGGGGUGGAUAUACUGCUCACAUCUCCCUGGCCCAGAGACGUGGGGACUUAUGCCAACAGCACGGGAGAAAUAGAUACCAAGAAAUGUGGCUCCAAGCUAGUAUCUGACCUAGCUGUGAGUCUCAAACCAAGGUACCACUUUGCUGCCCUGGAGAAGACCUACUAUGAAAGACUUCCCUACAGAAACCACACAGUGCUUCAGGAGACACCACAGCAUGUGACCAGGUUUAUUGCACUUGCUGAUGUUGGCAAUACAAGCAAGAAAAAGUACCUAUAUGCCUUCAGCAUCGUGCCGAUGAGCGCGAUGGAGCAUGCGGAGCUCGUCAAACAGCCCCAGGAUGUCACUGAGAACCCCUACAGGAAACUGCAGAAGGAGGCUCAGAAUACCAAAGCCACCCUGUGUGCAGAGGAGGAACCAGCUUGUCAGUUUUUCUUUGACUUGAACAAACAGCAGGGAAAGAAACGCCCCUCAGAUGGGAGGGAGAGAGGAGACUCCCAGCCUAAGCAAGCCAAGAAACCCCCACAGCCCACAGGGCCCUGCUGGUUCUGCCUGGCCAGCCCAGAGGUGGAGAAGCACCUGGUUGUCAGCAUUGGCACACAUUGCUACCUUGCCCUGGCCAAAGGGGGUUUAUUACCUGACCACGUCCUGAUUCUGCCUAUUGGGCACUAUCAGUCAGUAGUGGACUUGUCUUCAGAGGUGCUGGAAGAAGUGACCAAAUACAAGUCUGCCCUAAAGGAAUUUUUCAGAAGCAAGGGCAAGAGAUAUGUCCUGUUUGAAAGGAACUACAGGAGUCAGCAUCUGCAGCUCCAGGUGAUUCCUGUCCCACUGGACCUCUGUACUUCUGAAGACAUUAAAGAGUCUUUUAUUGCACAAGCACAGGAACAACAGAUUGAAUUGUUAGAAAUCCCAGAGCACUCGGACAUCACGCAAGUGGCACAGCCAGGGAUGCCCUACUUCUACGUGGAGCUGGACACAGGCGAGAAGCUGUUCCACCGCAUCCGUGGGCGAUUCCCACUGCAGUUUGGCAGGGAGGUGCUGGCGAGCGCGGCGCUGCUGGCGCUGCCGGAGCGC